AUGGUGACUCUUGCUGGAAAGGCCUUACGAAGGCUCAUAACCAUGACAGUAUUGUCCCUCACUAUCAUACUCAUUACUCUUCGUUUCAGCUACACAGACAACUUUAUCCUCGCCAGCGAGUUGUCCAAGUCGAUAAAUAUAAUCACCAAAUGCGAUACCAACCCCUUCAAGCCCUUCAACGAUCCUCAUCUUGCUUUUGACUCAAAGAUACCGAAUGUCAUUCAUCAAAUCUGGAAAACAAACAACGUGCGGACAUAUUCUAGAGAGAUAGAAGCAUCCCUUGACUUAUGGAAGAACAUGUUUGGGCCCUUGAACUACACAGUCAAGCUCUGGACAGACGACGCUAUUCUCCAACUCGUCAAAACCAAUUAUCCUUGGAUUUUGACGACAUACGAGUCCUACCCCCAGAAUAUCCAACGUGCCGACAUCGCCAGGCUGCUCAUUAUCCAUGCAGAAGGCGGCAUCUACGCAGACUUAGACGUGUACCCAACCUCACCCCAUCAGAUACAGUGCCUCCAACAUCUCGGCUUGCAAGCCGUGUUUGCUUCCACGGCAAGAACACUGGGGCUGAGCAACCAUUUCUUCAUGGCUGAACGUGGGUCCCCAUUCCUGCAAUGGGUGCUGUACGAGGCCAAACGACGCGGCGGCGUGAAAUCCCAACAUAUUUCCCUGCCAUACCUGCAGGUAUUUUGGUCUACCGGGCCGACGAUGGUAACGGCUGCUUUUAGAAGUUACGCAUGGAUAUAUGGCACGCUUUGGUACGACAUGGGCUUGUUAGAGAAUGGAUACUCGAGGGUCGCGAUACGGCACGCAGCAGGGAGAUCAUGGCAUAAACUGGAUGGGCAGGCACUUAAUUAUAUUGCUGACCAUCUAAGAAUCGGCGUUCUAUUGGGGGGCAUUGCCUUUCUAUUCUUGGUACUGGGAAUCGUCUACAUUGCGAGAAGGCAUUUAUUAUAG